GGGAGGGUAGCACUGAGUUCCGUCAGUGGAGAAGCCACCGAUUUUUGCAACCCUUUCCCAGGGGCCUAUUUAAUUUCGGCCAUGAAGAAAGCAGAUCGCCCAGAGACCAGUAGGAUGAUCAAGUCAGCAAAAGGUAUUGCACUCUUCUUAAACCCAGAUCAAGCUAGGCUGUUUUAAUUUCGAUUCAGUGGACCUCUCAAAGCACAUUAGGGCCCUCAAAAUAUCAUCCCUCGAGUGAGAUUUGUAGCAUUCAUGCCUUUCUUGUCCUUUUCGAAAUGACUUCAAAUGAAUUGAUUUGGCACGAGAAAGUAGACUGAACGCAAACCACAAGGCCUACUAUGUCUGUGCGAUCUAGCUCUGUCCAUCACGGAAUCGAGUAACAGAGCGAAACGAAGAUGCCGUUCAUGAACAACUAAGACACGCGGCUCACUGCAACAAAAUGUAAAGAAUGGUGAGAAGGAGUCAAGUUUCUUCAUUAGUAUUUAAAAUAUGAUGAAAAAUCAAUUAACCUUCCUUAAAAGACUACCAAAACGUUCAAACGUUAAGGUAUUGAGUGGACAGAAUAUGCAAAUUAGACUCGAAAUGGACGGCGAGAUCAAUGAACACAAUGACUAACAUAAACAAUAUGAGUUCUAAUCCACAAAACAGACAGAACAGAAGCGUUCGCACACUACACUUACGAGCUCAGCUCAUCCAGUCGCCUUUUCCAAAGGGUUCUAACCAUUUACUCUAAUUAACUGUAGUACUUAAAAUUCUUUCAGUGUUCUUUGCUCAUCAGUGAAUUCAGCAGGCUCUCUAUCUAAUCACUCCCGUCAAACUCGGGUGCUGAAGCCUAAAAUACUCAAUAGAGCUUAAUCGCAAAAGCCUCAACCUUCAAACGUAGCAACUCAGGAAAUAUGUCACAUAUCUUCUUUGGUAAAAUUCUUUCAGCAAACAUUGCCAUGCGAGUACACCGCCAUGAAUGAACUCAGUUUUAAUCAAGAUUGAUAUGAUCUCUUGAGGGAGUUUCUUCUACAGACUCAUAACCCCAUUACGUGUCAUUGGUACAUGCCUGGCUCUGAGCUAGAAUUUACGGGCUCGAUUCUGUCAAACCUUCUAUCGUGAAUUUGCCUUGGAUUAUUCCACAUAAGGCCAGCUUUACAACCAGAUAUGGAUCGCUUAAAAAAGUGUCACACAUGUGCCUUGGUUUAUAUAUUUAGUCGAGGGUUAUACAUUUACAUUAUGUUAAAGAUAAUUUGUUUAUCUUAAUUAAAGCUACUGGGCUAUAUUAUUGUACUCUAGCUAUAUCAACGCUGUUCCGUGCUUGUCAAAACCUAUAAAAAGAAGACCAAAAUAAUGUUCAGGAAACACCAUACACGUAAUCAGAGUUUUCAGUAUGAGAUGGAUCAGGAAUACGGAGAUUUAUGGCCUUUCUAGUUGUACAUCUAAAGUGAGCGGAAACUUGUUUGAAAAUUAUGGGCGCUUUCCAUUCAACAAAAAUUCCAGUGUGAAAUUACGGAAAUUCCACGUGCCGAAUGGAACGGUACAUUACGAUUGCACAGACCCGACCCAAGCCACCACGCGUUUGGUUAUUGUUCUUGUAAGCAGGAUACAAAAGAGCGGUACUGGGAACAACAAUUUUGUCAAUUCGGUUCGACCGACCGAAAUGUCUGGGCCACUGGUCCCGGGUCAGAGCAAACCGAAAUGGUCCGUUCCAUUUGUUAUACCAACCGAAAUUUCCGGAAUUUGGGGUUGAAUGGCUGAAGCGCUCUACAUAUUGAUCAUUAUUAUUCAUUCAAAAUAUUUCUCCGUUUCUGAGUGGCUAAAACCCCACGCAUAAUUUAUCAUAACUAGCUUUUUGCGACCAAAUUUGGAAGAACUUUGCCAUAGUGAACCGAUGGCGUCAAAAGUGCAUCAAAGUUGCAGAUUAUUGAACCGUUAAUCGAGAAGACCUGGGGACGAGUUUGAGUUGUUUUGGUAAUAAGAACAAAAAUGGCGGACAUUUCACUCUUUUCACCGGAAAGAAAAAGGCUAAAAUAUAGCAAGAACAGCAAGAAGACAACUCGAACGGCGACAUCUGCUAUUUGGAGAAUAUUUGCGGAGCUGAACAACCCUUUAGCUCCUAAACUUGCCGAUUAACGUGCACUAUCGAAAAUGAACUUAACAUCGAUGGGGGUAAGCAUGUUUUAGCUUGUUUUUAAACUAAAAAUUAUUUGGAAUGAAUAAUAAAGCCGCUCAGCAGCUAACACCCUCCUCGAUCUCCAUAAUUCUUCAGAUGAUACUCAGCCUCAUUCAAUUGCAUCAGCAUGUGGAUUAAUGUCUUCCUAAUGAAAAGGGAAAGGGAAAAAAAAGAGAAAAGUGAUUUUAAGUACACUGAGACCGACGCCCCCCCCCGCCCCCUUCCCCUCAGAAAAAAAAUCGGAGAGGGAGCCCCUUCUCCGAUUUUUUCUGAGGGGAGGAGGCGGCUGUACAUAGGCCAGCUGUUCAUAGUAGACCUUCAGUAAAGAUGGCGAUCGCCUCA